CUAUACUCGGGAGAAGUUUCGAACGUGCCGCGCGUGUGCGAAAUGUGUUGUUUUUUUUACUCUUCUUAUUAUUAUCCGAGAUCCCUGUUUCUCCACCCGGGCAUCGGUCGGUCAGUCAGUCGUCGGUGAGUCAGUCCGCGCGCAUCGACGUCGCGUCCAUCUCUCCGCGAGCGGUGUGUAUCUCGAGCUGGCUGGCUGGUCGUCGGUUUACGUCAUCGCGCUUGCCAGCCGAGCGCGCAACGCAGUUGAGACACGCACACACGCGCGAUCCAUCCGAGAGCGUCCGAACAAUGCUCGGUCGGUUGUAGGUAGGUUGCUGCUGCUGCUCUAACACACUCGUGCGGGAAACGCGAAGCGGCUGUGAGAUGAGAUCGCGGGAUCGCACGUAGUGGAAAACACCCGCGCAGAACGAACGUCUUCUUCGAGGAGUUUCUCAUCCACGCGUUUUUCCGCUGGAAGGACUGGGGGAUACUCCGGUCCAGUCUACGUUUUCGUUUUUUUGAUCGAGUUUUUCCGCGUCGCGGAACUCUUCAACACUUCUCCAGGGAACCACCACCUUCAUCGUCGUCGUCGGUGACCUCCUGCUGUUUCGUCAUCAUCAUCCUUGUCGUCGCGGAAACAACAAACGCGCCGCGCGAACACCGAGGGAUCUCUAUCUUGGAGCAUGUUGGUUCCAUCAGCGGAUAGAUGAGAGGUUUGCUGUGAAUUAAAUACAAUCAUGGCGCAAUACAACGGUAUGAGCGAUGGUAGUAUUAAUAUAAGUGAUAUCAUUGAAGUUAUACAAAAUACAGAUCCUGGUUCUAUGCCACCCAUGGCUAUGGACGGGCAGGAACAUGUUCAGCCGUAUGUUGAGAUUUUGGAACAGCCAGCCAGCAAGGCCCUGCGCUUUCGAUACGAGUGCGAAGGCAGAUCAGCUGGCAGCAUCCCAGGUGUCAACAGCACGCCGGAGAACAAAACGUUUCCUAGUAUACGAAUUGUAGGUUACAAAGGUCGAGCGAUGGUGGUUGUCUCCUGCGUGACGAAAGAUUCCCCGUACAGACCUCAUCCUCACAAUCUUGUUGGCAAAGAGGUGUGCAAGCAGGGUAUCUGUACGGUAGAAGUUCCGGCUGGAAAUAUGGUUGUUACUUUCUCAAACCUGGGCAUUCAGUGCGUAAAGAAGAAGGACAUUGAGGAGGCGCUCAGAGUGCGUCAGGAUUUGAGAGUAGAUCCCUUUCGAACUGGUUUCGAUCACAAGCGACACCCAACCAACAUUGAUCUCAAUGCGGUGAGAUUGUGUUUUCAAGUUUUCACGGAAGGUUCGCAGAAAGGAAAGUUCAACAGACCGCUGCAGCCUGUUGUGUCUGAUCCUAUUUACGACAAAAAGGCAAUGUCGGAUCUUGUGAUUUGCAAACUGAGCCAUUGCAGCGCUUCGGUAGCCGGUGGCAUGGACAUGAUAUUGCUCUGUGAAAAAGUCGCAAAAGAAGACAUACAAGUGAGAUUUUUCGAGGAAAGAGACGGACAGUUGGUCUGGGAGGGAUACGGUGAUUUCCAACCAACGCAUGUACAUAAACAGACCGCGAUAGCGUUCAGGACGCCUGGCUAUCGUACGCAGCAAGUGGAGCAACCGGUCCAGGUGCACAUUCAACUCAGAAGGCCGUCGGACGGCAUAACGAGCGAACCGUUGCCGUUUCAGAUGUUGCCGCUAGGUACAGGUAGGCCUGCUUUCUGGUCUUUGCGGAAAGCGUUUGCUAGGAAGAAAGCGGAUUACGCGACGUUCAGUAAAAUCUUGUCCGCCGACAGUGUUCUUGUUGCGAAUCCCAAGCUGUCUCGCAACAUCGACGAAUAUAACAACAACGAUCUCGACGCGAAAAAAUCGAACGGCAAAUUAUCCGCGUUGCGCGCUCUGAACGACUUGUACAGUAUGAAAAAUCAUCAUCUAGAUUUGUGUAACGGAUGUUGCGAUCCGAAGACGACAACAAACUCCGCGGAGAAUCAGGUGGUCGCAAAAAGUGGCGAUUUGAAUUAUCAGAGUAACGAGACGAUAAUAAUUUCCGAUAAGAACGCCGAGAGUAACAAAUUAGAGAUUGGCAAAUUGUACGCCGCCGUUGAUGCCGGCAAUGCGGAUAACGAUGCGUUCGAUGCGGUUACUCGCGUGAAAUCCGACGCGCGCGCGAACACAAACGUGUUGGACACCUCGCGAAAUAGAUCCGAUUGGUUCGAUUAUUCCGAGAUAGGCAAAUGGGUGCAAAAGGGACAAGAGUGUUUGAAGGACAAGAGCAACGAGGCGGAAGGCAAAGGCGAGUCGACGACGGACGACGACGUCGGCAAGUCGUUCAAUGAGUUUUUCUCGCAAGUGGCCGAGUUGGAUCAGAUCUACGCCGACACGCACGACAAACUGGUCCAAGCCGCGGCGAUUGAGAGCAACGCGAAUUCCCAAAUGAUGGACAUUGACGUUCGCGACAAUCAGACUUACACGAGUCUGCAAAUGGCCAUGAAAAAUCCGAUACAACUGUUCGACAUAAUGGACGACAGAAAGUACGAGGACGUGGCCGUUCCGAAACAAAGCGCAGAGACGUCCGCGGUGGCGUCGCCGACAUUGGCGGCCAAGAGGGACGUGACGCGCGAGGCGGAGGAAAGAUUGCCGCCGCUGCCACCGAAGCGAAUACGCAAGAUGCCGUCUAUGCCCGUGCUGCCGCGUCCCGCGUCCGCUCAAACCCUCGUCGACUCUUCCUCCGAGGCGCCGAACAAAAAUCUGCCGUCCUUACCCGGCACAUUGCCCAAGCACGCCAAGCAGGGUUUGUUUUCCAAGUUGUUCGCGAAAAAAAACAAGAAGGAGAAGGGAAGUUCGAUAACGAAUUUGAACGACGACUCCUCGCUGAACAUUUCGUACUCGCCGAGGAGUAUCGAUCAGGAUAACAACCCGCAACGUCCAAGUGUGACGAGCGUUACCGGUGUCAAAUCUCUCAAACUUGACGAUGACGAUCAACAAACGUCACCUACGUACGCCGACGUUGAUCUUACCGAGGCCGAGCACUACGCUCUCUACACCACGAUGGCGCCGCACGCGACCGCCUCCGAAUUUGACGAGAUGUCGUUCUAUUACAGUCUGGUCGAAGGCGGAAAAAUAUUGACGGAGGCAAAAGAAACCUAAACCCUGUUUUUUUUUUUUUUUUUUUUUUUUUUUUAGUUUAGCGAUUUAUAUAAUGUUUGGGUUUAUAUAUAUAUAUAUACUGCCAAGUGUUGGGAGAGCAACUCAAUAUUUGUAUA